AUGGUGUAGAAACUCUUGGGUGAAGACAAAUGAGUUACUAAGAAAUUGGCAUCUGAGAAAGCCCAGGGGACCCAGUGCCAGCAGAGUACCCAGCCUGCAAGCAUCGUGGACUCCCUGCCGGGCUGAGAGGUGGGCCUUUGUGGGCAGGAGCAGAGACGGGCAGAGGACAUCCGACUGUAGGGCACAUUUAUCAGCAAAGUCCCCUUUUGGUCAUCUGGAGACACGUUUUAGAAGGGCAAGAGCCCUGAAGCACAGAGAAGCUGAAUGACUCGCUAAGGUCACUGCUGGGGUCACUGCCGUCCCAGCUGCAGAGAGCAAAGCGGCUGAGACCCAGGCUAUCCGAGAACCAGACAGUGGUCAGGUACACAACCCACACCAGCGGAAUUAAACAUGUUUGCCACCUUUGCCCCACUUAAAGGUUUCAUCUAAGCUAUUAGUUCAUGGUAGAGAGCAAUUUUAUUCUUCAGAGGAUGUUUUGCUCAUCAUAGAGGGGACCAGAUACCCAACAGCCUAAAGAUGGAAAGAUUUACUUGUGGCUCUGGUUUGAUGGCACAAGUGACAAGGCCAUGAGGUGACUACUCGCGUAUGUAGAAGCUCAAGGUGACUUGUGGCAUCGUAUGUGCAACCAGGAAGCAGAGAACAGGAAGUGGGGCUGGGUGUCACCUCUGAAAGGCUUCUAAACCUUCCUUCCGGUAACAGCAUCAGCACUCAGGCCGACGGUUCAAAGCCGAGAGUCUAAGGGCAACACUUCACGCCUAAGCCACCCUCUAGAUGUGUGCCAGAUCUCUAAUGCACAGAACAACCCCCCAACAAAGAACUUCCUAACCCAAGCCAUAGCUGCAGGCCCCAGGAGGAGGAGAGCAUUUGUAUGUGUGAAUGACAGCACAGCAGCCUACGGUGAUUGUCCACUGGUCUACAGUGACAGAGUGUGGAGCACACUGGGAGGAGGCCGAACCCUGCUUUCCAGAUAUUCUUGUUUGAUGCAUGGGACAAUGACCAAAACCAGGAUUCUCAUUCCCUAGGGGUCAAGGAAGGGACUGUGGGCAGCAAAGUCUGGGCAGGGGAAGGGGACACCUCAGGUGGGGUCAGUCAGUCUUCAGGAGCUGCAGCAGGGCUGGGGGCCAGAAGAUGGAGAGUGGCUUGUGUCGGAGGAUGGAGUAUGUGGGCCCUGUGGCUAGGGAAGGCACCAAGGUGAGACUCUUAGGUAUAUCAUGGAAGGGGCGUGGCUCUUGCAGACCGGCCAGGCAGGGUGUUCUGUGACGGUUUUUGGGGGUGGAGUUGCUUCCUCUUGAUGGAAGUUCACCAGGGGUAAAGUCAGGUUCUACGGGGCUUGGAAAACCAAGCCUAGGUGUGGCCUUGUGCAAGGAACAAGGAGCCAGCAGUGUCUCAAGGUGACAUCUUGUUUGUUUGGGGGGCCAUUGCUCAGCUGUGCUGGUGAAAGGUUUUAAGUGGUUGCUGCAGAAGGAGAGGACAUGAGUGCCUCUCUUUUCCCUGGGAAGUCCAAUGUCUCUGUGACCUUGGAAGGAGCCGCCUGAGACUCUCUGUUCAGCUGGCACCCACAGCCCUGAGCCGCCAGAGCCUGGAGAAGAUGCAGCUGUACCUGGUGCUUCUCCUCAUCAGCUACUUGCUGACUCCGAUUGGUGCCUCCAUUUUGGGGCGCUGCGUGGUGGCUAAGAAACUCUAUGACGGGGGCUUAAAUUAUUUUGAGGGCUACAGCCUUGAAAACUGGGUGUGCCUGGCUUAUUUUGAGAGCAAGUUCAACCCCUCGGCUGUCUAUGAGAACUCACGAGAUGGCUCCACCGGCUUCGGCCUCUUUCAGAUCCGCGACAAUGAAUGGUGUGACCAUGGCAAGAACCUCUGCAGUGUGUCCUGCACGGCUUUACUGAAUCCCAACUUAAAGGAUACAAUCGAGUGUGCCAAGAAAAUCGUGAAAGGAAAACAAGGGAUGGGAGCAUGGCCCGUCUGGUCCAGGAACUGCCAGCUGUCGGACAUUCUGGAUCGGUGGCUGGAUGGCUGUGAGCUGUAGGCGCCUGUGUGGUCCUGCCUCACUUGCCGGCCGUGUCUUGGGACUGAGGGCGCUUUUCUGUUUGCUGCUUCAAUCCAUCCGGUUAUCUCACCACUGAUUGCUCCAGAUGGAAAGGGACAACAGUCCUCACUUCAUCCGGGGGUACAAGGUGCAGAAUAAACCAGCUAGUUACUCAA